AUUUUCUUUGUCAUGUCCUAAUUUUCAAUAUAUUAAGUACAGUCAGUACUUUGCUAAACAUUUAAUUUGUUUAUAGUUUGUCUGAUAUAGUGUGAAUUUCAUUUGGAAUUAACUUAUGAAGGAUUUCUACUUGUAAAUCAUGGCCCCCAACAGCACACUAACUACAACACUUACAACAUCAGAAAUAUCACCUAGUGAACUGAAAACAUUACCCGAAAUUACCUACCGAACAUUUUGGGGCAAUUUUAAAACACCCCUCAUAUGGCCAAAUAUCAUCGGAAUAAUCUUAGUACAUGUUAUCACUGUAAUAGGAUUCGUCACAUUUCCGUAUCUUCAACACAAAAGCACUUUUGCUUGGUGUUUUGUAACAGGUUGGGCUGGAGGUUUUGGGGUAACAGCAGGAGCACACAGACUAUGGACUCACAAAUCAUACAAGGCAAAACUUCCAUUAAGAAUAAUGUUAAUAGUUUGUUAUGCGAUUGCAGGCCAAAACAGAUUGCGCGAAUGGGUUAGAGACCAUAGAGUGCAUCAUAAAUUUAGCGAAUCUGAUGCUGAUCCACAUAAUGCAAAUCGAGGGUUCUUUUUUGCCCAUGUUGGGUGGUUGAUGAUGAGAAAACAUCCAGAAGUUUUUAAAAAAGGAAAAUCGAUUAAUUGUAGUGAUCUGUUUGAAGAUCCAGUAGUUGUGUUUUUUGAAAAGUACUUUUGGCCAAUGAAAUUAUUUUGGUGUUUUAUUUUUCCAACAAUGAUACCAUAUUUAUGUUGGAACGAAACCUUGUAUUGGUCUGUGAUGAGUUGCAUAGCAAGAUAUGUUUGUGGCCUUAAUUUUACUUGGUUAGUCAACAGUGCAGCUCAUAUGUUUGGCAACAAACCAUACGAUCGGAAAAUUCAACCGGUUGAAAACUUGAUGGUUUCUAUUUUGGCAAUGGGCGAAGGUUGGCACAAUUAUCAUCAUACAUUUCCUUGGGAUUAUAAAGCAGCAGAAUUAGGAAAUUACAAAGUUAAUGCUACAACAUUACUUUUAGAUUUAUUUGCUCAAAUUGGAUGGGCCUAUGAUUUAAAAAGUCCUUCGAGAGAACUUAUUCAACAAGUUAUAGAUAAUCACGGUGAUGGUUCACGUAGGAAAUGAGUUUUUAUUUUUACAGAAUGAAGAUAAUUUUGUAAUGUGAGAAACAUUUUUGUCAUAUUUUAUAACUGCCGUCCGUUUUGACACACAUAUAAAGCAAAUAUUAUAUACUAGUAAAUAUAUAUAACAGCACACGUA